AUGAGUUGGCAGCCUCAGCAAGAGGGCCUCAAUGAGGUCCUCGCGAUGCUGAGGCAGACGUCAAGUGGGAAUACAGAGGUGCAGAAAGCGGUCGCUCAGCGGUUAGAACAACUUCGAUUUGUCCCCGAUUUCCUCGCUUAUCUUGCUCAUGUCCUCAUCUUUGCGACGGGUGAAGAGGACUCGCAUCGAGCCAUUGCUGGACUCUUGUUGAAAAACUCAGUCAAUCAACGAACGGGUCCUACCUCUGGAGAAGCAGACGAGAGAGCUAUGGCAUAUGUCAAAGCUACUAUACUGAGAGGUUUAGAAGAUGGGGAUACAAUGAUCAGACAGACGGUCGGAACGGUCAUCUGCAGUUUGCUGAGCAAUGAGGAAGCUGGAGCAUGGCCAGAGGCUCUGGAUGCUGUGACAAAGGGAAUGUCUGCGCAGGAUAUCAAUGUCGUCGAGGGGUCCUUCAAUACCCUGGAAAAGAUCUGCGAGGAUUGCCCACACAAACUCGACUUUACGAUCCAAGGCAGAAACUUGCUGGAUCACCUCGUUCCAGAGUUCAUCAAAUUCACAUCCCAUUCUCAUGCCAAAAUCCGAAUUUAUUGCCUCGAGAUCAUGCAGGCGCUAUGCGUCAUUCGUGUACCUGCCGUCACCGCCAACAUCGACCUUUACAUCCAAUCCUUGUUCGAACGGGCCGCAGACGAUAACUCGGACGUACGCCGCCUGGUAUGCGCCGCUCUCGGACUCAUCCUCAAUACGCGUGCCGACAAGUUGGUCCCAGAGAUGAACAAUGUGGUCAACUAUAUCGCCUACUGUACAAAGGAUGCCGACGAAACGGUAGCCUUGGAGGCUUGCGAGUUUUGGCUCACUUUUGCGGAAGAUCAAAAUCUGAAGGACCAGCUCAGACCACACUUGGCGAAGAUUGCACCGUUGCUUCUACAGGGAAUGGUCUACUCAGAGUACGAUUUACUCUACCUCGAUGUCGACGAGGACGAUGAAGCUGUACCGGACAAGGAGACAGACAUCAAGCCCAAGACUUACUCGUCAAAAGUCCAUGCCUCGCACGAAACCAACGACCCAUCAUCAUCCGCCACUGGAGGUGCUGGAAAGUCGAGAGAAGCUGGCGACAAGGCCCUCGAGGACGAAGAUGAUGAGGAAGACGAGGAUUAUGAUUCGGAUGAAGAGGACGAUUCAGCUGGAGAGUGGAAUAUCCGAAAGUGUUCAGCCGCCGCUCUUGAUGUCAUGGCGGUAUCGUUUGGAAAUGAUCUACUGGAGAUUUUGUUGCCGUACCUUAAGGAGAGGCUUUUCAGCGAGACUUGGACAGAGCGGGAGUGCGGAAUCUUGGCUCUGGGCGCAAUAGCGGAGGGUUGCAUUGAUGGCCUGGAGCCGCAUCUGCCCCAGCUAGUGCCCUGGCUGAUCCAGUCUUUGAAAGACACCAAGGCUCUCAUCCGCUCGAUCACCUGCUGGUCGCUUGGCCGAUACUCCAGCUGGUGUGUCCAGACUUCUCCAGAGGACAAAACACGCUUUUUCAUCCCGGCGAUGGAAGGACUCCUGCAAAUGGUGCUUGACGGGAAUAAGCGUGUGCAAGAAGCCGGAUGCAGUGCAUUUGCAACCUUGGAGGAAGAAGCCGGAGCGCAAAUUGUUCCAUAUCUCGAACCCAUCCUCCGCAAUCUCACCUUUGCAUUCAACAAGUACCAGCAGAAGAAUUUGCUUAUCCUGUACGACGCCUUGGGAACGCUUGCCGACUCGGUCGGAUCUGCUCUUGGCGCACCAUUGUACCUUGAGAUUCUGAUGCCACCGCUCAUUGAAAGAUGGGUCAAGUUGAGCGACAACGAUAAUGAUUUGGUUCCCCUUCUCGAGUGCCUAUCAUCCGUUUCGAUCGCCGCUGGACCAGCAUUUGCGCCCUAUACGCAGCCAGUCUACCAGCGUUGUCUGACCAUCAUUCAGACAUGCCUCCAGCAGUUCCAGGUUUUCCAGCAAGACCCUGACAACAACGAGGAGCCAGAUCACACGUUUAUCGUCGUCGCCCUGGACCUGCUCUCUGGUUUGACACAAGGUCUAGGAGACCACAUGCAUCAGCUCAUCGCCACGACCGAGCCCCCUCUGCUCAAUUUGCUGGCCUCGUGUCUUACGCACUGGGAGCCUCCGAUCCGCCAGUCAGCGCAUGCUCUUCUCGGUGACAUGGCCAUCUCCUGUUUCCCCAUUCUCAAACCAGCGAUCUCAACCCUCAUGCCUUUUGUCACCGAGCAGAUCGUGGUUGACCCCAUGCCUGACUGCGUUUCAGUCUGCAACAACGCAGCUUGGGCGACUGGAGAGAUCGCUCUCCAGUACAACGGCGAUUCCGCUGCCCUGGAUCCCUUCAUUCCAGGCUUGAUACAGCGUUUAGUCCCUAUCUUACUGAAUCCGAAAGCCCCGAAAUCACUUGCAGAAAAUGCAGCAGUGACCAUCGGUCGUCUGGGUCUGGUCGCUCCUGCUACCGUUGCUCCUGGUCUCCCUACAUUCGCUCAGGCUUGGUGCACCGCUUUGUGGGAGAUCAAGGACAACGAAGAAAAAGAUUCGGCGUUCCGUGGAUUCUGCAUGAUGAUCAGUGCCAAUCCAUCAGGUAUAGAGCAGAGCUUUGUCUGGUUCUGCAACGCUGUCUGUAAAUGGCAGCAUCCCUCAGCCCAGUUAGAUGGCAUGUUCCGCACCAUACUUCAAGGCUUCAAGAACGGUCUCGGACCCACUUGGGACCAGACCGUCGUCUCGUUCCCGCCAGUCAUCCGUCAAAGAUUAGCCGAGCGAUAUGAGGUUUGAUUCCGACAUCCGUCAACAUGGACCUCACGAUACACGGCCCAUACAAGCAUCCUAUACCCUUUGAGAUAUCUCGCAACAUACCCAGCCGCCAUCUAUACCCCAAGCUCCAGACGUCCAGGACAUUUCUUGUAGGCAACACCAGCAUCGAUACCCCGCGUUCCGGCUCUUCUCCCAUCGUAGCAUUGUUUCUCUCGUACGUAGCAUCUUCUUCCAUAGCAAAGACUGGAUCAGGCAAGCAGCAUGGCGGCUGCACAUGAAGUACGGUAGAUAGCAUCGUAGAGUAGAUCAUAUAGAUAGGUCUGGACAGACUCAUUCACUGGAAGUCAGAGGGUCACACAGCUGGAUGUAAGAUACUCUUCGUGUACAAAUUGAUGACGUAAUCAUUCUCAUCGUUGAGACGCGUCGGGUGACA